AUGGCACUUUCAUCGUGCUUCGGAAGACGCAAACGCGACGAGGACCAGCGCCCGCUGUUGCCUCAGUACCGCGAUGACACUGCACUGCAGAGAGAGGUGCACCAGAAGCUGCACUCGUAUCAGAUGAUACGUGCACUUUCCAUGGGGUUCAUGCCAUCUAACGAACAACUCAUCAUCAACCUCCGGAGCUUGCUAUCUGCAGACAUCCUGAACCCAGAAAACCCCGAUCUGAGCGACUCUGGUCGUCUCCUGGUCAAGUUUACCAAACAAUGGCUGCACCAAUUCAUUGAUACCCUGAACCACAAGAACAGCAAGGACCAAAUCCAAGACUUUCUCUGGUACCUUUCCAAGUCCAGGGUAUCUGUAGAUGUGGAAGAUAUUGCACGAAGGGCGACCAGGUCAAAAGCAAAGGCCGAUGCUACUGCAGCCUACCACAGUCUGCAGACUGUUGGGUCCUUGCUCCUAACUAAUUCCGACUUUCGCAUCUUCCUCGCUGACCUGAACACUGUCGGCCGGGAAGUGUUCAGAGACACUGCUUUCACACUGUCAAACGUAUCCAAGAAGGCAGCCAAGAAGAUCGAGCCUUCACCAAAAGAACAAAAGGCACUCAAGGAGCCCGGUGCGGAUGAGGCUCUCGCACACUCCACUGAAGAGAUCAAUGACCAGCUUGCCGAGGUCGCCCAAGUUGUUGGCAAUGGGGUUGCCAAGGUUGCUAAGAGGGCAGACGUAAGUUUGGCCGAGAAGCUUCAGGGUGACGAGGGCGAAUCACUCUUGUACCGCCUGAAGAAGACAAUCACAAACCUGAGGCAAAAGAGGGAUUACAACGACUCCGUUUCGGUGCUCGCAACACUACUGAAGCGGUACGCGAUGGCAUACUCCCGGACCGUAGAAGAUGCUAUGGGUGCUCUCGAAGCUGACGUCGAGCCAAACCGAGAGAUGGAGAGGGCUGUCAAGAACUUUUGGACCUUCCUGAGCUCCUUUGGUGACAAACAAGAGUGGAACAAGCUCGAGAAUGCAUUCCAUAAAGUCUUGGAGCACUCGCGCAAAGAUCCCGAAUUCGAGGAUCUGCUCAUCGACAUUGGAAAUUCGCUGCAGAAGCUUCUCACGGACCCCGACUUCUUUGACCACGUCGACGAAAAGUUCCAAGAGCUUCGAAAGAAGGCCAAUGGUGUUGGAUUGGAAUCAUCGCUGCGUCAGGAUGUAGAUGCGUUUUUCGUACAAGCCCAGAGCACCUUCAUGGCUGUCACCCAGGACCAGGACAUUGCGAAGAUGAUCAACACGACCAUGAAGAUCUGGAACAUACUGUCGCCCCUACACAGCAACAUCAACGGCGAGCUCGUUCAAGACGCAAUCAACGUUUUCGUCCCUCUUGCCAUCCAGGCUAUUCAGUACAUCCCCAUCCCUCGUCUGGAAGUAUCCACACCCGAGAUCGAUAUGCUCCUGGAAAACUUGAUUAUCGAACCUGGUAAGACCGUGAACCACACAUCAUUCCUCCCGUUCCGCUUCCGAGUGGAGACCUACAAUGAUUUUGAACUUCGCAAGGCCCGAUUCCGUGUUGCCUCCAAGGCUACGUCCAAGUUUACCAUCAAGAUUGACGGUCUUUCGUUCCGUGCAGAUGAAGUUGGUUUCCUUCUCCGCGCACACUCUGGCCUCCUUCGCCUUGCCGAUGAAGGUAUUGCUUCGUUCCAACUCGACGAGCGCGGUAUCGAUAUUCAUUUGGAUGUCGAAGUCGGCAAGGAGAAGUUGGAGCAGAUUCUUACACUCAAGGCUGUCCGUGUCCACAUCCACAAGCUUUCUUACACGCUGCGCAAGUCCAAGUUCAGUCUCUUUGGCUGGCUUCUCAAGCCCCUGCUGCGCCCUGUUGUCCGCAAGGUCAUGGAGAGGCAGAUGGCCCAAGGUAUCGCUGAUGCAAUUCACGCCGCCAACCGUGAGCUCAUCUUUGCACGCGAGAGGCUUCGAGCGACAAGGAUCUCUGAUCCAGAUGACCUGAAGACGUUUGUCAAGGCUGUCAUCACACGUCUCACACCGGCUGAUGACCCCGACCUUUACACGAGGGUUGGUGUUGACGCACCGAAGAAGGGUGUCUUCGCUGGCAAGUAUGCACCAGGCAGCGUGGCCAAGCUGUGGGAGGAAGAGGGUCGUCGCGCACCAGAGCGCAUUGACGACUGGGACGAAGGCGGUUGGAGGAACGAUGUCUUCGACCUCCAUGCCAUGGCACUUUCCUAA